GUCGAAUAUAAACAAACACUCGAAUCAACGAAAUCAGCACGUGUAGUUUGAAACGAAGUAAAAUCUCGACGUAAAAAGACGCAAUCGGCUUCACUUUAAACGCCGGAAUGACCUGCAUUGGCAAAGAAAACGGCUACCUGAUUUACCGGGGCAGUAACUUUCUCAAGCAACGGUUGAUCCUGUCGACUCUAAGCGGAAAACCGAUAAUAAUCCGUGACAUCCGGGUGCUGGACGACACGAAUCCUGGCCUAAGAGAGUAUGAAACCGAUUUGCUGAAACUGUUUGAUCAGAUAACCAAUGGAACGAGGAUUCGUGUGGAUCAAAGUGGCUGUUCCUUCAGCUACCAACCCGGAUUGCUACAGGGCGGAGCGUUUCAACACGAUUGCUGCGUAGAGCGAGGCAUCGGAUACUAUUUGGAUGUUCUGUUGGCAUUGGGACCAUUCUGUAAGCUACCGCUGGACGUUACCCUGACGGGGGUGACAAAUAGCGCGGAAAGUCCUUCGGUGGAUCACAUUAAAGCUUCGGGUUUUGCAACGCUGAAACGAUUCCUGCUGGUGGAUGAAGGUUUGGAGCUGGUGGUCAGAAAGCGAGGAAUGAUGCCCUCCGGUGGUGGAGAGAUCACGUUCAAGUGUCCGGUGCGGAAGACCCUGAAGGCGAUUCAGUGUACGAAGCAGACGAUGGUCAAACGGAUACGAGGAAUGGCUUACUGCUGCAAGGUUUCGCCAGCGAUGGCCAACAGGACGGUGGAGUCGGCGAAGGGGGUGAUGUUGAACUUUUUACCGGAUGUUUACAUAAACACGGAUCAGCAGAAGGGGAAGCGUUCCGGGAAUAGUCCUGGGUAUGGGGUAAAUCUAGUAGCGGAAACAACCGAUAAGACAAUGUUUUCAGCUGAGUCAAUCAGCCGGACGUUGGAGUCCGGUGGGAAUCCCUCGAUACCAGAAGAACUGGGUAAGGAAGCGGCUAUGAAGUUGUUGGACGAGAUCUACCGGGGAGGAUGUGUUGAUUCCGCGUUCCAGUGGAUGGUGACACUGUUUAUGGCGCUCGGGCAGAAGGAUGUUUCGAAGUUCCUGAUUGGGCCGCUGUCACAGUACACGGUCUACUUUUUGCAGCAUUUACGGGAAUUUUUCGGAAUAACCUUCAAACUUGAGAAUGCCGAUGGGGAAGAAGACGAUGAUUCGAUGGAGGAGGAUGGACUAACCGGAUCGAAUAAGGUCAUGCUGACCUGCGUCGGUAUUGGUUACAGCAAUUAUAGCAAAAAAGUGACGUGAGUUUCGAUUUUAUUAAAUUUCAAGAAGCUUAUGAAGUAA